GUGUGUGCUCUUUGAUGAUCUCCUCGCAAUUAAUUAAUAUUCCCACCCGCACAUUAUAGAGAGCCUAAGAUAAAAAAAAAGAGAAAAAAAACGGGGUGAACACUUCGAGUCAAAUUUUAAUGAGGCCGUACAUGCAAUUAGCGAGCGCGAAUGAAGGAACGUUUUAUAUAGUUCAGUCAGUUCAUCGAAGGAAACUAUCUGAUCACCUGGGCGAUAUGGCUGUCGUCGAGGAGUUCAGUUAUUUGUGCCGUCUGUGCGCAGCCAAGACUGGCAUCCUCAUACUGGGCUUGCCGAUCUUCGAAACCGGCGAUCAGAUGCGCAACAUUGAUAAAAAAAUAGCAGCCUGCUUGCCGGUUCAGAUAUCUGUGACAGACCAACUGCCGAAAGUGAUAUGCGAAGGAUGCGCGUCCAAGCUGGAUCAGUGGUUUGACUUCCGCGAAAAAUGUCUAGAAACAGAAGAAAUAUUUAUAAAAAUGUUGAAAGAAAUUGGUAAAGAAGAUAUUGUUCAUAUGACAGAUUACGACUUGACGGGUGUAAAUAAUAUCAGCACGAUACAGAUUAACAGCGAAGAUGUAAGAAAUCAUUCAGCUAUAGCUCAUGAAACAUCGGACACCACCAUACAUACGAUGCAGGUGAUGGACGAAAUGGAUCUGGCCGGUGGCGAACAAGUGGUUACUCAGGAAGAAAUCAGUCAGGACGCGGACAUACAAGUCGCGGGUAUCGAUUGUUUGGACGGCGAUACCGUGAGAAUGGUCGAACACAUGCAAGAAGUUUCAAAUCAUCAAAUUGCGAUACAUCUGGAGAACGACAUAUCUGUGGUGGGAAAUUUGGAUCGUCAUUUGAGCCAGCUCGGAAUGAACUAUGUCACUUCUAUGAGUCCCGAGGAUCAGAGCGAAGAGCACAUAGUGCAUUACUGCGACAGUGUCAAAUAUGAGACAGGACCAAUAAAAGAGGAAUAUCAUAGAUUGCAGGAUAGAUUGAUCGCGGAAGAGCCGCAACACGUACUUGAAAACAAUGUGGCAACGAAUAAUUUUGCUCCGUCUCAGGUCGAAGCGGAGAACGAGAUAGAAGUGCCUUGUAUGAAUGCAAACGGAACCGGCGAACAUCCCUUGAACAACUUUCCAUCUACAAGUCAGAUGACAGAUGUGCCUUGUAAAAUAAUGGUCAAGUACUCGAAGAUGGCAAAGCACGCGCUGUUGGAAUCGAUACUCAACAAUCCCACCGUAGACGAGACAGGUUCUCACUGGUACGUGUGUCCGUUCUGCAACGAAGCAUCUCUGGAGAAGACCAAUCUGGCCGCUCAUUUCGAGCAACACUUCCGCUCCUGUCCCUGCGAUCUGCACUUCACCAGCGUCGAGGCGUUGAAUUUGCACAAGGAAGAGUGCGACGUGCGUAAAACGACCCAGAUCGACAAGAAAGAAGACAACGCGCAGGUGGACGCGACGUCGCAACAAAAGACCGACGACGGCGGCCAAGCGGAGCAAAAGAAACCGGUGGUGAGGCAAAAGUGGAGUGCGAAGGUGUGCAUGGCGUGCGGCAAGCAGUACAGGACGAAUUACAAGCUGCAGGAACACAUGCGCAAGCACACGGGCGAGAAGCCGUUUCAGUGCGCGACGUGCGAGAAGGCGUUUCGCAGCAAGAUCGGUCUCGCGCAACACACGGCCACUCACACCGGUCAGUUCGAUUACAAUUGCUCGACGUGCGGCAAGGGAUUUCAAUGCAAGAGCUAUCUCAUCGUACACCAAAGAGUGCACUCGGAUGUGAAGCCGUAUCCGUGCACAACGUGCGGACAGAACUUCAAGACGAAGCAGUCGUUGCUGGACCACGAGAACCGUCACCUCGGCGUGAAGCCGUACAUCUGCGAGAUCUGCGGUCGCGGUUUCAUCACCAAGGGCCUAUGCAAGAGCCAUCAGAAGAUACACUCAGGCACGGACAAUCGACAGUAUCCGUGCGUGGUGUGCAAGAAGAUGUUCGUCAGCAAGAGUUAUCUCAACACGCACCUGCGCAUUCACACGGGCGAGAAGCCGUAUCUGUGCGAGGUGUGCGGCAAGGGCUUUCUGACCCGAGUCGAUCUCAGGAUUCACUCGACCAUGCACACCGGCGAGAAGAGUUUCAAGUGCGAGAUCUGCGGCAAGGUCUUCGCUCGGCGCGCGGCGCUACGCUGCCAUCGUCGUUCUCACACGGGCGAGCGUCCGUACAGCUGCGACGUGUGCGGCAAAACGUUCACGCAGUUCAGUCCGAUGGCAAUCCACAAGCGCCUGCACACCGGCGAACGUCCGUACAAGUGCGACCUGUGCAACAAAGAGUUCGUGUCCAGAUCGACCAUGACGUGUCACAGAAAGAAGCAUCACGUUAUCAACGCGACCGUCGCGCCAAAGGACGAAGUGUCGUUUAACGAACAAGCUGAGAUAAAAAAUGUCCUCCCGUCGGACGCUACGAUACACGACGACACGAUGCGACUUAAGUCGGCGGAGAUCGAAGUCGCGAGCGAAAAUAAUAUGUAAAUAGAAAGAUUUCGAGCAGCGCGCACACACACACACACACGUACGCGCGCGAUGUGUGUGAGGAGAAAAAACUAUUCAAAACUUAGAUACGACUUAGCGCGACUUCGUCUCUCGAUAGUGCUCUUUACCGGUGUGUACAUUAGAUUUUAUAUAAACGUAUUUUUACAAGAAAAGUUCUCGCGGUAAGUAUAUGAAAAGGACACGAGAUCAAAAAGAUUCGCGACGGUGAUUUGACGUAAUGUGUGGGGCGAUUGAUAAGUAUCCGAAACGACGUGUAAAAAAAAAAGAACAAUUUUUGGCCAUCGCAACAGUUGA